UUUUCUUUAAAAUUUAUAGAAUAUGGAUAUAAAUUCACCAAAACGUGCCCAUUCUCUCGAAGGAAAUUUAACAAACACAACAGCUCCAAAUACCCCAAUGGAAGAUAUAAUAAUAGCUGACCAAACACCCCCAAUUCAACAACAACAACAAAUAACAACAUCAGAUUCCCCUUUCAGACCUUUAUGUUCUUCAAAUCGUUCGGGACAAAUGAAUUUAUCUACACAAUCAUUAGCUACAUUAUUUCCAUCUUCUAUUGGUUCUGGAGAAGAUUAUUCUAAAGGAGGGGGAAUUGAGGGGGGAAUAAUUAAUAAUAACAACAAUGAAAAUACUACAACUUCGGCCAAUACUUAUUAUGGAUCUUCUGUAUGUUUUCAUAAUAUGGAGUGUUGUCUCCGGCCUGUCGGAGAGAACUCUUACUGGGAAAGGGGAUGA